GCCACCGCCGCCUGCGGCAGCGCCCCCUCGCGCGGGCCCCCGGGCGCCUUCGCGCCUCGGCCGCGCGCGUCCUGGAGCGGGCCGGGGGCGCCGCCGCCCAUGGGGCCGUCGAGGGUCUCCCGGUACGUGGAGCAGCGGGUGGCCCGGGAGCGCGUGUCGGAGGAGCGCCGCAACGAGAUCGGACAGCAGUUCUUCCUCGAGGGCUUCACUGUGCGACACGUGGAGUCGGAGCGGCGCUCGGAGGGCCUGCGCCAGCAGAGGGAGGCGGCGCAGGAGGCUGAGGAGGCGGCCCUGAGGCAGCAGCGCGAGAGCCAGGCGCAGCAGAAGGACCGCGAGCGCGCCACCGCGGAGGCCGAGGAGCGGCUCGCGGACGAGCUGCAGAGGAGGAAGGCGGAGGCGGCGCGGGAGGACGCCCAGCGCCGCAGGAUCGUCGACAGCUCCGAGGAGCUGCGGGCGCUGAAGCAGAAGCUGAAGGUCGCCGCGAACGAGCGCGGCAGGGCCGUGCAGCUGCUCGGCCAGCAGGCCCGGGAGGAGGAGGAGCGCCAGCUGGAGGCGCGCGCGGUCACCGAGCAGGAGUCCCACCGCCUCCGCGAGCUCGAGGCCAGGGCGCGCGCCGAGGACGAGCUGGUGCAGAGGCGCCGGGAGGUGAUGGCGGCGCAGCAGGAGCAGAUCACCGAGAGGCAGCGGUCGGGGCAGCAGGCGGCCCAGCUCCUCCAGGACAGGGCCGACGUCGAGAGGCUGGUGGCCCGGGUCGUCGAGCAGGACGAGGCCGAGCAGGCCCAGAGGCAGCGGAAGCGCGAGGAGACGGCCCGGCUGAUGGAGGAGGCGCGGCACGACAGGGAGGCCCGCAGGGAGGCCGACGCACGCCUCGCCGAGGCCGAGCGGGCCGACAUCGAGGCUUUCGAGCGGCAGAAGGGCGACUUCCAGGCGCGCGUGGCGGAGGAGAAGGCGCGCCGCGAGGCGGAGCGGGAGCAGCAGGCGCAGGCGGUGCGCGAGCAGGUGGAGCAGCGCCAGCGGGAGGCGGACGAGCAGCGGCAGGUGAUCGACGACCUGUGGCACGAGGAGCGCCUGGAGUUGCAGCGGGCCGAGGACGAGCGGCGGGCGCGCCUGGCCGCGGAGGAGCGGGCGCGGGCGCAGCGCAGCCACGAGGAGCAGCUGAGGGCGAAGGAGGCCCGCCGGCAACGGGAGGCCCAGGAGGAGAGGGAGCUGCAGGCGAGCCUGCUUGCGAAGAUGGCGGAGGACGACAAGGUCGAGCAGAUGAGCGACCAGAGGAGGCGCAUGAAGGUGCUGGAGCACAGGCGGCAGGUGGAGGCCCAGCUCGAGGCCCGGCGGCAGGCCCUCGAGGCGGCCCGCAGGCAGGAGGCCGAGGAGCGCGAGAAGGACGCCGCCGUGGACGCGGAGAGGCAGCGCGUCGUGGAGGAGGAGCGGCAGCGGCUCCUCGCCGAGUUCGCGCCGCCGCUGCGGGGCUUCUGGCCCAAGGGCAUGCUCCUGGGCGAGGCCGACGCGCGCCUGGUCGCGAGCGCCGGCGGCGGCCCGCUCGCCGCCGCGGCUGCGGGGGGCGCGGCUGCGCGGUAGGGCCCGCGGGCGCCCUGCUGGCCUCGGAGGGGGCGUGGGAAGUUGUGUGCUGCCAAGCCAGAGGGCCCGGUGCUUGGCCUGGCCGCUCGCAGGAAUCCGCAGGCAGGAGACGAGCCGUGCCCAAGGUGGCCUCGGCAGUCGAGGACAGAGGCGGAUCGGGGGGCCUUCGGCUUCAGACGACCGAGCGGAAGGUCGGCCUGAAGGAAAGAGGUCUUCAUCCAACAUCGACCGCCUCAGGUCAGCCUGGCGCAUUUCACUUUGCCCCCGAGCCAGUUGCCGCCCCCGUCGCUGCCAGCCCGAGAAGCAGGCGGCGCCCAUCGCGGGGGGCGGCCUUCGGAGAAGCCCGCUCGGGCCCCCGCCCCGGUCCCCAGCCCCUGCCCCGCUGACUGAGGGCGCCUGCCAGAGGGUUUGGGCCUCUGCGCACGGGGCCCCGCUGGCGUCGGCACGCGAGGCGGCGCGACAGGCGAGAAACAUCCGCGCCUGCG